AAUAAUGAAAUACAAAAAAAGAAAUUAAUAUGAGCGAAAGGGCUAUGGAGAAAUUAACGUUUUGAAUUAAAUUAUAGACAACACCUAGCUACCAAUCAACCAUACGCAACAGAUCCAAAUUCUGAAUUCUCUGUGAAUCUUCAACAUUGUCUGUGUUUGUUUAGAGAGAGAAAGGGCUAUGGAGAAAUUAACGUUUUCAAUUAUCUUCCUCUGCUUCUUCUUAAUCAAUCUUCCACCUUCCACAUUCGCUAUCUGGCUUACGUUACCCACCACCGGUACCAAAUGCGUCUCCGAAGAAAUCCAGAAUAACGUCGUCGUUUUGGCUGAUUAUGUCGUCGUUCCCGAUGAUCAUACCCGCAGCCCCACUCUCGCUGUCAAGGUAACAUCACCAUAUGGAAACAAUCUUCAUCACAAAGAGAACACAACACAUGGGAGUUUCGCAUUUACGACUCAAGAGACUGGGAACUACCUGGCAUGCUUUUGGGUAGAUGGGGGUAAUCAAGGAGGUCACGAGGUUAGUGUGAACCUUGACUGGAAAAUUGGAAUUGCAGCCAAGGAUUGGGACUCAGUUGCUAAGAAGGAGAAGAUUGAGGGAGUUGAGCUUGAGCUAAGAAAGCUAGAAGGAGCUGUAGAGGCCAUCCAUGAGAAUUUGCUCUAUCUGAAGGGAAGGGAAGCAGAGAUGAGGAUCGUGAGUGAAAGAACGAAUGGCAGAGUGGCAUGGUUUAGUAUUAUGUCGUUAGGUAUCUGCAUUGGAGUUUCAGCUUUACAAUUGUGGCAUUUGAAGAGAUUUUUCCAGAAGAAGAAGCUUAUAUAGUUAUGCAAGUGUUAAUUUAAUUUUACUAGUGAAACAACAAUCAUAAACUAAAGUUUUUUUUUUUGAGUCCUACUUACAAGCACCAGCCAGAUUUUUUUUUGUUACCAUACAGAGUUUCCAACUUUUCUUAUCUACUGAUGUUUAUUAUAAUGCAUUUUACCAUGAUCAUUUUGAUAAAUAUGGAGUAGUAUCUAUGAGAA